CGCAGCUUCUAAAAGGAGGUUCUGUUAUGACCCACGCGCGACUUGUUCUGGAGGUUAGCGUUAGUGUACGGACAGGUGAAAGGCGCUCUUCUCUUGUCGUAUGAAGCAUAUUUACGGGUUUUGAGUUAAACCUGCUAACCUUGUAAGUGGAUCAAUAACAGCUCAUGCUCCAUCACUUUUUUCCUUUCGGAGAGGGGAGGAGAAAACCUUAGGCUCGAGCUUUGACGCUUGCGAGCUCGUGGCAUUGACUGUUACACUCUCGACGAGUCAUGCGAAAGUCAAAGUCCAGACUCGCGUGCAUUUCGGGCGUCUUGGUGGUCUGCAUAGCGGCAGUGGUUUGCCUCUUUCUUGCAGUGCUGAGCGCGUGGAGAUGCUCCGCGGGACAGUUUACUCGCUACGCGGUCGCGGCGGACUCGCGGAGGUGCUCGGAUAUAGGAAGGGCCAUACUUCAGCAAGGGGGCUCUGCUGUGGAUGCUGCCAUCGCUGCGCUGUUUUGCACAUCUCUGGUGAAUCCUCAGAGCAUGGGGCUGGGAGGAGGAGCCAUCUUCACUAUCAUGGACAAGAGCGGUAAGGUGACGGUGAUCAGCUCAAGAGAGACGGUUCCUAAGCACUUCAAACAGGAUCUUCUGAAGAACUGUCCCACUGGCUUCAAGUUACUGCCCGGUAGUGAAUGGAUAGGUGUUCCCGGGGAGAUGAAGGGCUACGCCAAAGCCCACAUGCUCUAUGGGAAGCUACCAUGGGCUCAGUUGGUGGAGCCCAGCGUGAAGCUGGCACGAGACGGCUUCCCCAUGCCAGAGUACCUGGGACAACUCCUACAGUAUUCGUUGAUUAAAUCCCUGGUGGAGAACACGUCACUGUGUGAAGUGCUAUGCCGUAAUAAGACGGUUCUCAGGCCAGGGGACACACUCAGGUACCCAAAGCUUGCUGAGACCUUGGAAACCAUUGCUAGACAUGGAGCAGAGGCCUUUUACACUGGGAAAAUCGCACACGACCUGAUUAGUGACAUAGAAGGAGCAGGUGGAUCUCUGUCGUUGGAGGACCUGAGUUCUUUUCAGGUCCGAGUGACCAAUUCACAGGCUGUUCCGCUGGGAGACUAUACGAUGCAUGUUCCUCCUCUACCAGCAGGGGGAGCUUUGCUCAGCUUUAUCCUCAACAUCAUGAAGGGAUUUAACCUGAUGCCAGCAUCCAUACACGGGAAGCACAAGAACCUGACUCUGCACCGCUACAUAGAGGCAGCAAAGUUUGCAAAUGGACAAAGGAGGAAGAUAAGAGACCCCUCCUACCACUCUGAAAAUGUAGCGUACCUUUUCGAGACGAGCUUUGCUGACCGUGUCAGGGCGUUGAUCAGCAGUGAGUCCACACACCCAGCCUCCUACUACAACGUCACUCCCGGGGCCGAUCACCUGGGGACCACACACGUCUCUGUCCUUGCAGAAGACGGCUCUGCGGUUUCCGUCACCAGCACCAUCAAUCAUAUUUUCGGGUCGGCUGUGUACUCGCGCAGGACAGGCAUCAUCAUGAACAAUGAGCUGGCUGACUUCUGUGGCAGAGCUGAUUCUCUGGCAGCCGGAGAGCAGCCUCCGUCCUCCAUGGCCCCUGCUAUCCUAUACACGAAAGACAGGGAGAAGAUCCUGGUGAUUGGUGGAUCUGGAGGAAGUAUGAUCACGACUGCCAUGGCCAUGUCUAUACUGAACCAUUUGUGGUUUGGAAUGAGUCUGGAAGAUGCCAUCAAGUCGAAGGUGGUUUUUGUAAACUCCAAGAACUCUGUGAUAUUUGAGCAAGGAUUUGACCAGGGGCUGAUCAAUUUCAUGAGUUCGCUGGGACACGCUGUGCAGUCUGCGGAUUUCGUCCUCAACGUGGUGAAUGCUGUGGCAAGAGAGCGUGGCUGCAUCAGCGCAUUCUCGGACGCCAGGAAGGAGGGAUGCUCGGCAGGUUACUGACCCGCCUACUUCCCCGCCUCUCACGGCAGAGCAUGGUUGAAUCCCUGCGCCACACAGAAUGGCCAGAGGAAACUUCCCAGAAUUGACUGGACGUUUCUCCACUGGAGUCCUGUGGAGUCUGCAGUGUGUGAAAGGAUUGCGACGUGGCUCAGAUACUCUAGUCUGUUUUGGCACAGCUAUACUGUGGCCUGUUCUGUGUAUGCAGAUUUAAUUCAGUGACGAAGCUAGAUGGAUGCUUUAAAUGUCUACAAGAUGUACAAAUUGACUGUUAGUUUGUUCAGCAACACUUAUCAGAAUUAAGAAUGUCAGGCUGCUACCCUGGUAGAUCCACCAGGUCUACAACUCUGGGUACUGGAUUGUAACUGGCACUGCUGUGUAUGUGGUAACUGAGGGCUAGCCUCUGGUAAAGUCAAAUGUGACGUGAAUGUUUGUAGCCUUUAAUACGUUUAAAACAUUUAGCAUAUUUUUACACUAGUUGUACACAAUCAUUAUGUAACUGCACGAUUUGUGUACUUUUUCAAAAUUUUUAAUUUCUUUGUACUUUUACACAAUUUAAAAUGGAGACUUAAUAAAGAUGCUCAUUUUUUACUUA